AUGUUUAAGAACGGACAUAUAGAUAUUGACGACACUGAGCGCGAUGGACGACCAUCAACUGCCAUAAAUUCUGAAAUGUCUGCUGGAGUGAAUGAAUGCAUUCUUGCAAACAAACGCAUAACAAUAGCCGAAAUCUCUAAUGAACUGGAUAUUUCUUAUGGAAAUGUACACAAAAUUACUGCCGAUCAACUUCAAUUUCAAAAAGUUUGUGCUCAACGGGUGCAUCGUCUAUUGACGGAGGAACAUAAAGGGAAGCUUUUUGAAAUUGCGUUGAAAUUUCUGCAAUGUUACCAAAAGAAAGGAAAUCAGUUUUGGGACAAAAUUGUGACCGGAGAUCAGUCUUGGAUUCACCACUUCUCACCUGAAACGAAACGCAACUCCCUCAAGUGGAAACAUUCCACUUCCUAG